AAUCACAACCCUAAACUCCCAAACCAACACAGCAACAAUGGAAGCUCAUCCUCAACUACCCAUCUCCAUCCCCAUGCAAACCCACGACCCAAAACCAAUCAACAACGACGAAACACCACCAUCUCCCCAAUCUCAACCUCCAUCUCUAACCAUAAACGAUCUCAAAUCAUCAUCCACGUCAUCAUUCCUCUUAGUACUAGCAAGAUGCCACGCCGGCUACUUCCGCAUAACCCUCUCCCUCACCAGCCAAUCCCUCCUCUGGAAAACCCUCAUCCUCUCCCCAACCACCUCCGCCGCCGUCGACCACCCGCUCCGCCGCGUCCCCUCCGCCGCCUUCACCCUCCUCUGGUCCCUCUCCCUCCUCACCCUCGCCGCCCUCUCCUCCCUCUACCUCCUCCGCUGCCUCCUCCGCUUUCGCAUGGUGAAGUCCGAGUUCCUCCACCACGUCGGCGUCAACUACCUCUUCGCCCCCUGGAUCUCCUGGCUCCUCCUCCUCCUCUCCUCCCCCUUCACCACCCCCGAAACGACGCAGUUUCGAGCCCUCUGGUGCAUCUUCGUGGGGCCCGUGGUGGCCCUCGACGUCAAGAUCUACGGCCAGUGGUUCACCAAGGGGAAGCGGUUCCUCUCCACCGUCGCCAACCCGACCAGCCAGAUGUCCGUCAUCGGGAACCUCGUCGGGGCGCGGGCCGCCGCCGAGAUGGGGUGGAGGGAGGUGGCCGUCUGCUUGUUCUCGCUCGGGAUGGCUCAUUACCUGGUGUUGUUUGUGACGCUGUACCAGCGGCUCUCCGGCGGGAACUGCCUGCCGUCGAUGCUCCGGCCGGUGUUCUUCUUGUUCUUUGCUGCUCCUAGCAUGGCCAGCCUGGCUUGGGUCGCCAUCUCCGGGAGGGUUGAUACCUCUGCCAAGAUGCUCUUCUUCCUCUCCCUUUUCCUCUUCUUGUCGCUGGUUUCAAGGCCAAGCUUGUUCAAGAAAUCCAUGAGGAAAUUCAACAUAGCAUGGUGGGCAUACAGUUUCCCACUGACGGUCUUGGCGUUGGCCUCCGUGGAUUAUGCUAGGGAAGUGAAGGGAGCUGUUGCUCAUGGGCUGAUGCUCUUGUUGUCUUCCUUGUCCAUCCUUGUCUCCUUCACGUUAAUGGUGUUCACCGCGUUCAACUCUAGUAUGCUUUUCCCGGACAACGAUCCCGGACUAUGCCACAAUAACAUCAACAAGAAGAACAACAAGUGUACUAAUGACUCGACACGAUCAUUGAAGUCGUUGACAAUCAAGAUCGAGCCUGGCAAACCCGAGAAAUCAUGAAUAGAAGAAUUAAAGCUCAGUUGGUAGAUAAUCAUCAAAUGUAAGAUAUGUGCAUCGUAUGUAGUAUGAAUUAAGUUAUUUCUAACAUUGUCGCGCCCUCUUUGUUUAGGGUACAGAACGUCAAGUUGUGGGUUUAGGAUUGGCUAAAGGACAGCCAUCCCACUACUCAUCAAAAGUAGAUGGUCUAGUUGCCAUAUGAGUUUCUUCCUGCUCCAACUGUAAAGGGUAAAAUCGUACGUGGCUGAAUGAAACUUAUAAACUAGUGUUUACAAUUUCUUUGAGUUGUAACCAAUGAAGCAUCCAUCGGUUGUCACCUUUCCAUAGACCAUAUAUUGUACUGAGCUAGCUAACAGUGAUGGCAUUUAGCUAUUUCAGUGUAUUCCAUUUUCUAUGGAUUAAAGUCGAAU